CCUAAACUAUGUAGUAUACUUUCUUAUUUGGCCCGGAGGCGGGUUUGACCGUUAAAUUAGACGGUCAACUCAGUCAAAGUCCACCUCACUUGCCACGUCAGCUAUCAGGGAAUAAACAAUUAAUUUUUUAAUUUUGAAUUUUGUUUAUUUUCUAACAAUAAAAAUAAUAAACGAAAAAAAUUAAUUAAAAGAGCUCUCCAAAUUAUUUUUAAUUAAUUUAAGAAAUUAAACAAAUUUCAAAAAUUCAAAAAUAAUAAUUUUUUAUUUUCUGAUAGCUGACGUGGCAAGUGAGGUGGACUUUGACUAACGGUAAACUCGGUUGACCAUCUAAUUUGACGGUCAAAUCCACCUCCGGGCCAAAUAAGAAAGUAUGCUACAUAGUUUAGGUUAGAAUAGCAAUUUCCUAUACCACAGGUUAAAGUAGAAAGUUUGUCUAUAGUUCGGGUCAAACUAAGGUAUUAACGCUUACGGGUUGUUUGGAUGCAUCAUUUUGGUUCUAUGGUAUUUCGAAUCCUAAUGAUGCAUUAUUUUGCUAUGUGGCAUUUCAUGUGGUAUUUCAUUUUGAAAUGUGGUAAUUGGUGUAAUUGUCUUGUUUGGAUAAAACUUCAAAUAUUGUGGUAUUUCACCACUUAAAGAAGAGAUGAAGUGAAAAAAGAAGUUGGGAGAUGAGGUAUUUGAAAUAACUAGGGGGUGGGUAGGUAUUUCAAAUAACUCACAAUGAGUUAUUUCAAUUGACUCAUGGACAAAAUACCACAUUCUACUUUAUUUUUGCCAAACGAGUUAUUUUGAUUGAAAUAUCUCAUUCUAAGUUAUUUCGACCAAAUUAUCUCAUCAAAAUACUGCAUCCAAACUACCCAUUAUUUAUUCUCAUUGUCAGCUGAACGACAAAAGGCAACUACAUAAAAAAAAAUGUCCUAUAACGAAUCGAGCAAAUUAAACCAAUAAUGGCAAGGGUUUCGAAUCUUUUGGCCGUCUCCAUCUCGUAACUACUACCAAAUGAUGAAUUUAAACCAAUGAAUUUAGAAGCAAGUACCUGAGCUGAAUGUUGCCAAGAACUUCCCUUUGGUUUGUUCCUCUGCUACAGUGAAUGCUUGGUAAUGGUUGGUCUUGGCUUCCUGGAGUUAAUGACAGUCGGUCUCAAAGACGACGAUAAUGUAGUUUCAGCAACGUCCCCCAUUGUCGUCGGCAAAAAUAAUCCCUAAACUACACGUUACGACGAUGAGGACAAAAGCAAUUGAGACAACAAAUCGGUACCAGUCUCUGUCGUGGGGGCUUUUCAUCUUCUACUAGUAGUCUAGGACACUUCGUGCAAUCCGUCGGCAAAAGAAUCAAUUACUCGCUCCAUUUCCACAAUGCCUUCGCAGAUGUCGCGAAACCCUAACGCUCCGCCGCCAAUCGAUGCGAGGAGCGGAUUCUGUCCGGAAACCAAGAUCUAUCACAGUCUCAGAUCUCCGGUGCCACUCCCACAAGAAACCGCGCUGCUCUCCGUCACUGAUUACGUCUUCUCUCUCAUCAAUUCCUUCCCUCCGCCACCGACAGUCUCAGCUCUCGUCGACGGCGACACCGGCCGCCGCAUCUCCUCCUCCCAACUCAUUUCGCGAACCGAGUCGCUCGCUUCCUCCCUCCGCCGCGAACUCGGCCUCAGAAAGGGAGACGCCGCUUACAUCCUUGCUCCCAACUCGGUCAACAUACCGAUCCUCUACCUCUCCCUCCUGUCCCUCGGCGUCGUCCUAUCGCCAGCCAAUCCCGCGAGCUCGGAGCGCGAAAUCCUCCACCAGCUCCAGCUGUCCAAACCUAGAAUCGCGUUCGCGACAUCUGCCGUCGCGCACAAAAUUCCUCCCACCAUCAAAAUCGUCCUCCUCGACUCCCUCGAGUUCGAGUCGCUCGCGGCGGAAACCAGAUCUGGAGAAUCCGAACCAAGAACCUCCGUCUCCCAAUCCGAUCCCGCGGCGAUUCUGUACUCUUCCGGAACCACCGGAGCUACCAAAGGAGUGAUUCUCACUCACCGUAACUUCACCUAUACGGUGGCCCUAGGUCACGCCGUUCGGACGGCGAGGAAAACGCCGGCGGUGGUCCUGGCGACGGUGCCGUUCUUUCACGUGUACGGGUUCGUGUUCGCCGUGCGAGCUGUUGCAUUGGGGGAGACAGUCGUGUCGAUGGAGAGAGUCGAGAUGAGGAAAAUGCUAAAGGCGAUUGAGGACAAUCGGAUUACCCACGUGGCCGCAGCGCCACCGCUCGUUGUCGCGAUGGUCAAAGAAGACAGGAAGGUAGUGGACGGCUACGAUUUGAGCUCCCUGGAAGUUGUAGCGUGCGGUGGCGCCCCACUCGGGAGAGAUGUUGCCGCGCAGUUGACCGCGCAAUUCCCAAGGGUGUCGCUCGUCCAGGCUUACGGGUUGACAGAAUCGACGGGGAGGGUGUUCUCAACAGUGGGACCCACGGAAAGCAAGGUGGGAGGUGCAACAGGGAAGCUGACUCCCGAAACCGAAGCGAAAAUCGUUGAUCCUGAAACUGGAAUCCCUCUGCCCCCAGGAAAAGGUGGAGAGAUUUGGGUUAGAGGGCCAUCCAUUAUGAAGGGUUAUGUAGGUGAUGAAGAAGCCACAGCCAGAAGUUUGGAUGCUGAAGGGUGGUUGAAAACAGGAGACCUUUGCUACAUUGACGACCAAGGUUUCCUAUUUGUGGUGGACAGGAUCAAGGAACUGAUCAAAUGCAGAGGCUAUCAGGUCGCGCCAUCUGAGCUCGAGCAUUUGCUUCAGUCCCAUCCAGAUAUACUCGAGGCAGCUGUGGUCCCAUUGCCUGACGAGAGAGCAGGCCAAGUUCCCAUUGCAUUUGUGGUAAGGCAGAAUGGAAGCACCAUUAGUGAGCUGCAGGUCAAGGAGUAUAUUGCAAAGCAGGUUGCACCAUACAAAAGACUACAUAGAGUACUAUUCACUGAAUCCUUGCCAAAGAAUGCUCAGGGCAAGUUGUUGAGGAAAGACUUGACAAGACUAGCAAUGUCGCCCGCCAAGCUAUAAAAUAAUCACCUUCCUGUUUGCUAGACUGUUUAGUGGAAUUCAAAAAUGUUACUGCUUCAUCUAUAGAUUAUUGGAAAUGAUCCUUGUGCUUAAGAGAUUGUGAAAUAUUUGCUCCUUGAAAUGAAUCCCAAAACAUGCUAAAGUUUAUGAAAUUCAUCAAAAUGAAGGUACUGAAUCUCUACCCUUGUAAGAUAUAGAAAAAGUUGCAGAAAGACAUGGGUUUUUUUUACUGAAUCAAUGAAAUCUCUAAAUUCAU